CCGAUCGAGGUGCGGCGGGGCUCGCUGCUGACUGACGCGUACUCGGAGCUGCGCGGGCUGGGGAGCGGGUGGAGGCUGCCGCUGCGGGUGCGCUUCUUCUCGGCGGAGGGGGGCGAGGAGGCGGGCGUCGGCGAGGGCAUCGCCAAGGAGUUCCUCGUCGACGUUCUCCGCGAGGGCUUCGACCCGUCCUUUGGCCUGUUCGCCACCGGCACUGAGGGCGGCCUCUACCCCGACCCGGCCGCCCGCAUGUCGCACGCAGCGGACGGCGCCUCGGCACGCUCGUGGUACGAGUUUCUCGGUGCGGUGCUCGCCAAGGCGCUGUGGGAGGGCAUCCUCGUUGAGUUGCCGCUGGCGCCCUUCUUCCUCUCCCUCCUCCUCGGCCGCACGAACACGGUCCACGACAUGCCCGCCUUCGACGCGCAGCUCGCGCGCUCGCUGCGGCUGCUCCGCGACUACGACGGCGACGUCGAGGACUUGUGCCUCUCUUUCGCCGUCGACCAGUACACCGCCGAGGUGCCGCCUGAGCUGCGGCGGACGCACUCUCUCGUGCCCGGAGGAGCCUCGCUGCGGGUCAGCGCGUCCAACCGGAACCAGUACAUCCUCCACCUCUCGCACUACCGGCGCAGCACGCAGCGCGGAGGGAGGGAGGUCAUCCUCACCGACUCCUGGAUCCGCAUGUUCUCGGUCGCCGAGCUGCAGCUGGUUCUGGGCGGCUCCGACGCGCCGCUCAACGUCGCCGACUGGCGGCAGCACGCCACCUACUCGGGCUCCCUCUACCCCGCCGCCCCGCGGCGCGCUGUGCCUCUUUCUUUGUCCCGAUGCACUUGCGGCUACCACGCCGACUCGCCGCCCGUGCGCUGGUUCUGGCAGGUGCUGGCCGAGUACCCGCCGCCCCGCCGCGCCGCCGCGCUCAAGUUCGCGACGUCGUGCUCGCGGCCGCCGCUGAUGGGCUUCGGCUGGCUGCAGCCGCCCUUCUGCAUCCACCUG